UCAACAACACUAUGUCCUUGUAGGGUUUAGGGUUUAUGAUUCAGCAAUUUCUGAGACAGAGUUUGGGAACGAACCCGAAUCAAGCUGAAGUAAACUUGAUUGGAUGCGGUGGUCGAUUGCGACUUCGAUUGCUUCAACGGCUAAAGGGUUUCUUCAUCUUCAUCGUCAUUUUCUGAAGAACAGUGAUCCUGGGUUUGCUCUUGCUCUUGCUCCGUCUUCCUCGAGACUUUGCCGUUUCCGUCUCUGGGUACGAGCUUUCUCUGGUUCUACUACUGAUUACAAAGUCGUAUUGAGAAGUGGGCUUCACAAUCUUGACUGCGAAGAUGCGUUUAAUUUGUUCGUGCUCAUGGUUGAGUCUUACCCUCUUCCUUCCAUUGUUGAGUUCAAUAAAGUAUUGACUGCUAUUGCCAAGAUGAAGAGAUAUGAUGUUGUAAUCACUCUCUGGAAUUGUGUUGAGAACACAGAACAUUUGGAGAUUUCACCUGAUCUUUAUACUUGCAACAUUUUAGUGAAUUGUUUCUGCCGCUGCUUACAACCAUCUAUGGCUUUAUCUUAUCUUGGGAAAAUGAUGAAACUUGGUAUUGAGCCUGACAUUGUAACGGCUAGCUCCCUGGUUAAUGGGUUCUGUCUCAGGAAUAGUAUUAGCGAUGCUGUUUAUGUGGCUGAACAAAUGGAGGAAAUGGGAAUUAAACGUGAUGUUGUAGUCGACACCAUACUCAUUGAUACUCUUUGUAAAAAGAGACUUGUGGAUAGCGCGCUGGAGCUUUUCAAACGUAUGAAAAACAGAGGAAUUGAACCCAACGUUGUUACCUACAGCUCUCUCAUUACUGGUCUUUGUAAUGCCGGUAGAUUGACUGACGCCGAGGGACUACUGCUCGAAAUGGACUCCAGGGAUAUCUACCCUAAUGUUAUCACUUUCACCGCAUUAAUCCAUGCUUAUGUGAGAUGUCGGCAGCUUUUGAAGGCUGAUGGUGUGUGCGAGAAGAUGAUCCAAAUGUCUAUAGAUCCUAAUGUUUUCACUUACAGUUCACUUAUCAAUGCGCAUUGCAUGGAUGGUCGGGUAGAUGAGGCUAGAAAAAUGCUUGACUCGAUGAUAAGCAAUGGGUGCACUCCAAAUGUAGUCACUUACAGUACUCUUGCAAAUGGGUUUUUCAAGUCGGCGAGGCUACGUGAUGGGAUUAACCUUUUAUACGAGAUGUCUCAAAGAGGUGUGGCUGAAAACACAGUCUCUUGCAACACUCUUAUCCAGGGUUAUUUUCAAGCGGGGGAGAUAGAUCUCGCUCUAGGCGUUUUUGGGAAGAUGGCUUCUAUUGGUCUGCCUCCCAAUAUUAGGAGCUGCAACAUUGUGUUAGCUGGUCUGUUUGCUAAUGGGGAGGUAGGGAAAGCAUUGAAAACAUUCCAACAUAUGGAAAAUACUAGAAGUGAUCUUGAUAUUAUUACCUAUACUAUCAUGAUUCAUGGGAUGUGCAAGGCUUGUAUGGUGGAACAAGCAUAUGAUUUGUUCUGUACGCUCAAGUUCAAAGGAGUUGAGCCUGAUUUUGCCGCGUACACGACAAUGAUCUCGGGAUUGAAUAGGGGCGGCAUGAGGACUAAAGCAAAUGCGCUGAAUAGAUUUUUUGAAAAGGCACGCGCAGUGAAACGAAAGCGCAUCAGCUGAAGUAUCAUAGGGGCUUUUUCUUGAGAGACAUUUACGGACUCAGGGCUCCCUCUUAUCGGAUGCCUGCUCCUGGAAAGAAGAACACAAAUCUUUGUGAUGGAAGCCAGUGUAUCAAAGAAUACAACAAUGGGGCCAGAAAAUUCAAAAGCAAAGUUGAACAAUGAGCUGAACAGAAUCCGAAUCCGGCUGGUGUUUUCAAAUCCACAUGACAUGGUCUUAGAAUCAUGAAAUAUCAUGAAGUAUUUGGUUUCCACACUGCAACUGGAUACUAGGAGAUGAGCUACCUGGAUUGCAGAUUGAACCCUUUCACAUGUUCGGAUGCAAGCAACAAUGUAUUUUGGGACUCGUCGUAUGUAGCCCAUACCACAAACAUGUUCCUUAACAUGCUACAUUCUUUCUUCUACUAACUUAACGCUGUUUCUGUGUUGUAUUUCUUACAAAAAUACUUAAACUAAUGAUCACUCAGGUUGCUUGAUGUAUUAUUUGUUACAAGCUUCCAUAAUGUUGUAACAAAACCAAUGUUUCCCCACUAUAUCGUGGAUGUGUAACAAAACCAAUGCUCUUUUAA